UUGUGUGGCAUCCUUGAAGCUCUAUUGCAUAUAUCUUUGGUAUACAUCAAAAGUAGGUACCAUUUAGGAGAUGCGAUGGAAGACGCUUGACAUAUUUUCGCGGAUAUUGUUGUCAAGAGGGUUAAAACGUUAGAUAUCGACAUAUCACGCACAUUCUAUCGACGGUGUCAGGACUUUGCACAUCUGAGUUUACAUAAACAACUUAUCCUUGUCUAGAGUUAGGAGCGUUUGGAUUUGAAAUUAUGCGUUACUCAUUUGACGGAAGUAAGUUUUUUUGUCAUCAGUCUCCAUAUUAAAUACCAUGAUUGUACAACUAACACUCUUUGUUGAGAAUUCAAAUUCCAAGUGAUGGUGUUGGCCGAUCUUGUUUUCAAUUUUUAAAACACAACUUUGGAAAAUUAUGAAGUUCUCAAUAAAGUGAAGCCAAAUAGUUACAUGGUGUUCAGGACAUGGAUUUACCACUAGAAAUACGAGUUCAUGACGAGAAUGGCGACAGUUGCCUGGACAGCGACGAUGAUCUCGUUGGAUGUGAGGUUCACGGCCAACUGAAGUUGUACCACAAAAUGUUGCGGCAACUUCACACCGAGCUUCAUGGCUGCGGUGAGGAGCCGGGGAUGGGCGAGUACCUGUGUAUCGGGGACUACGUGUGCCUGUAUUGUGAGGAGACAGAGGGCUACAUUUACAGCUCACAGUCAAGUUCCUCCAAUAAUGGGCUUUUCAUUUACUCAAAUCAAGAACGAAACAGACCAAGAAACAUACCGAACCCUCAAGUGGUGGUUUUCCAAGUGUGUAUCCAGAAUAGAUACAAACUCAACAAAAAGUACAGAAAAUGGAUGAACUCGAUUCAGACGGACAAUACCGAACAGGUCACACGGGGUCUGCUCAAACAGGCAAAGUCUGCAGCAGACGCGGAGAACAAAGACAACGAGGCAGAGCAGACGAGACAACACGGGAAGCGCGUGCGUUAUGGCGAGGUUGUUCAGCUGAAACAUGUGUUUACCGGAAAGUUUGUUCACAUGAGUACGACACAGACCAGCCAGAAAGACAAAAACAAUAUGAAGGUGUCGCUCCACGAAUACAACGCCAAAAACGCCCAGUUUAGAAUCCUUCCGCGAUACAAGGUCAAAUCGGAGGGAGAAAUAGUUCAAUUGUUCGACCAAAUUGUUUUUGAGAGUGUGAAGUCACAUGGUCAUUAUUUCCACGCCAGUGAACCUUUCCAGAUUGACCACUUUUCUUAUGGCUCCGAGCUCAACCUGGGCGUAGAAAGGUCCAGCUUCACUUUGAUUGGGAGUUACAGAGCAUUGCAGGAGCAGGACCGGUUCGUUAGGGGUGGGUCAGUCAUACGCCUCUUUCAUAAAGAACUCGAGGCCUAUCUUGUGGCAGAGGGCUUGUUUGAGGAUUGUGUCACAGAAGACGUUCACUUCCGUAUCCGGGUUAUUGACCAGCACAAGCCCCGCUCGCUGUCUCCAUCCACUUCCGGUAUCACGUACUGGCAGAUUGAGGCUGAACAUAGUAUUUUAGACGGUGAUAUCUUGAGAUGGGAACAGCAGGUGCGACUACGUCACUUCCUGACGAGACAGUAUCUUUGCAUAGAUUCCAAGAUGGACGUCUCCCUGGUGACUGAUCCCUCGGAUCCCAGGACCGUCUUCCGGUUACAUUCUGUUCUCAAGGAAAGAGACGAAAUAUCCUACGAAAGUUAUGCAAGGAUAGAGCACAUGUUGACUGGCUGUUGGCUCCAUGCACUCAAAGAUGAGGAUUACGAGAGAAAGGUCGAUGAUGGAGGAGUCAAAGAGCGAUCCAUGCAAGGACUUCGCUGGGAUAGCGCUGGUGUGCGAAAGGUUUCUGCAAGUAGUGAGAGCAUGUACGAUGAUGCGUACACCCUACAGCACGUGCUACCCGAGGACGUGCACAACUUCAACUACGUUGCAGGAAUGGUCCCCUUCUUGUUUAAUCUCAUUCAAGACCUCCAAAUGGAGCCAGAAUUGAACGCCAAAAAGACGCACGGGAUCAUUACGGCGCUCAAAGAGAUCAAACUGUUUAUGCUUCCAUUGGGUCAACCGGACAAAAAUCGACAGAAGCUCAUGAGAAACUUACGGGUGAUCGAUUUAUUGGUGAAUCUUCUACAAUGUCCACUGGGAGAUGGAGAAGAGGAAUCCCACGUGAUCAGGAUCUUUAAGGAAGCUUACGAUGUUCUCCAUGCCUACAUGAUUGGGAAGAGCAGAAAAAACGCACUGUAUAUGGCCAAAUACAUCGACUUCUUUCAGACCCAGUUUACACAAAAAGGAGGAAUCGGGCUGAAUGUUGCACAGAUGAUUGUGGAGCUUAUAAGAGACAAAAGGAAAAUUGUUGACCGCAUCACCAAGAAUAACAUCGAUACCUUCCUUCAGCUCCUGCGGACAAACCAAAAUUACAGGUUUUUAGACUUGCUACAAGUUCUAUGCGUCUGUGACGGAGUUGCCAUUCCCAAUAACCAAACAUACAUUGUCGACCAGUGGCUGAGGGAAUCCAGAGACAGCGUCUACUUGACCGAGAGGGGUCAAAAUAUCAACAAACGCCCAAACAUCGUGUAUGUUUCCACCGACCAGGGCAGGACAUGGGUGCCCCUGCAUUUGUUUGUGGACUUUGAAAGCACGGAGUUUGAUGAAGAGAAAUACAAUUUCCUUAUUCACCAAUUAGACCUUUUCAAAGCUUUGUGCUUUGGUCGCAAUGAUUACGCUGUGCACGUGAUCACGCGAGAGUUUGGCUACUUGACGUGGGAGGACGCCUACCUUUGUUUGACGGCGGACCUACUUCCGGACCACAUCCGGGCCAAAUACUGUGAACUGAUCAUUGGGUUAUUUGUGGAUGUUGGAAACAAUUAUUCGGUGCUUGAUCAUCCCAACAUUUGUUUCAUUUACGAGUAUGUCGGCUCCAAAGACUCGGAAAGGGAACAGAGCUCGUUUACGGCCGGAAGUCAGGAGAGGGGCCCAGGGGAGGUUGUCAAAGACCUCGUUACCAUUUUUCCAGUUCUAAGAGAUUGGAUGGCAGAGUUCCUGGCCGGAAAUUGCCAAAUGACUGCGUCAGAAAUAGGUCAUAACCUGCUGAUAGAACAGGUUCUUCGACUGCUGCAACAUUUGGUUAAGUUUGGCUACUAUAUGGACAUGGAAGAUGUUAAACAACUGUUGACGCCAUUGCUGAGUCUUUUAGAUGGAACACAUGAUGUUCCGUUUCCUAAAGACAAAGGAAAGGGAUAUUCAAAAGACUCCCAGAAAACGGUUAACCAAUACAGGUCUACGGGAAGAUUCGAACAAAGCAAGGAAGCGGAGGCCGUAGUCAAUGCAAAAUACCAGGCUAUGGAAGUGCUGGAUUUUCUUCUUACAUUCCAAAGAAACUUGCGAUUGAAGGCAUUUGUCUCCAAGUUCAAAGUUUGUGAACAGAAUGCCUCCAGACAUCGGUCUCCAGUAGUAAUGGAGUCUCUGAUGUAUGAAGUAUACAAUCCACAGGAACAGACCAAAAAGGCUCUAAAAUGUCAGAAAAAAGUAUUGAAAGAGAUACGUGAGAUGGUAUCUUUGUCUUCCAUAUUUGAUAUGGACAACACAACACGGGUUCUACUUGACUUGUCCGAAUAUAAAUAUGACCGAGUGGUUACCAAAUCUCUGGAUAUUCUGAACAAGUUGUACUCAUCGCAAGAGGACAUGUUCAAAUUGGCUGACAGGGCUCAGAUACUCCUGACCCACGACUCAGCACGUGUACACCGUGAAGUACAGAGAAGUCUACCUGUGUUACGGAGGCUGGCCAAACAAAAGCUGAACGACCAACAGGUUCAGCUCAUGAGCGAAAUUCUGGACGAGUUAGCAGAAUUCUGUCAUCUUCCAAAAUAUCCAAAAGAACCACAUUUCAUGAACCAAAACAUCAUGAUUAGUCAUGGUAUCCUGCAUAUUGUUGUUGAUAUUCUCUCUCAAGAAAUCGACGCCAAACUUGUAGAGCAGCAAUAUAUGGGAAUGGCUACCAUUUUCAAGAAAACGUUGUAUCUGAUGGAACUGUUGGCGCGGGAAAAUUCUGCAGUGCAAGAAACACUGUUUGAACAUAUCGACGAUCUUCUAGAAGUACAAAUUGUACCUUCCAAUCUCGCCAUUGCUCUUAAAGAGUUCUUCUUCGCAAAUCAAACGACAUGCUUAAAAGUGUCCUCAAAACAGAUUCAAAAGAUAGUUUUGUUGUGUGCCCAUCAUCAGAACGAGGCUCCAGAGUUUUUGGAGUUGCUAAGUGUUUUAGUGAAAGUGGAGGGACUUGAUAUGACAAUCAAAAGGAACCAAGCUUUAGUGAUGAAAUAUAUAAUGCAAAACUACAGAAAGGCCGCUUAUGUUCUGGAUCAACCAAGAGAUCAAAGGGAGCUUAUUCUAACCAAUCAAGGGCAGGAGGGAGAUCUGACGUACUACAUUGAUCUUGUGGAUCUACUUGCAACUUGCGCAGAGGGCGAGAACAAAUUCAUUGAAUCCCUCUGUCAAACGAUUUUGCCUAUGCAAGACAUCUUUUGGGUGAUCAACCAUCCAAACAUUGCUUGCAAUCUGAAGAAACCGUUUGUCAAGUACCUGAUGUGGGUCUACAUGAAACCUGUGGGUAGUAUGACGGAGAGCGGGGUGGCAGAUCUACAGCAUAACCGAGAUCUGUGGGAAUUCAUUGAAGCCGCCGGCAAUGUAAUCAACCAAGUCACAAAUGCCAUAAAAACGCAGGGAGAGAAAAUCACCACGAUAUUGAAAACACCACCUUCAAAGAGUUUUAUUGACGAUCCCCAUGACCCACGAUCGGUUAUACAUGGUGGAGUGUUUUUCAUUUUAGACGCAGCGCUGCCAUUCUUUGAGGUAUUCUUCUCGCUUUUCUAUGCUCCUGACAAAGACUUGUAUCCACACGAAGCGGUGGUCACAGAAGAUUUGGCAACGGGAUUAACGGGGUUUACGGAUGUCAUAGGGCACCUGCUGACCAACCCGGCUCACAUGAAAUCUGUGGUCUCACUGCUUACUAUCCUCAUAUCGACCUCGUCAUCGCCAAAAGCGGCCUUAAUCUCGGUUCUGGAAAAGUUCAGUACGGAGAUGAAACUAGGCGACACAAAGACAGCGGUUCGAAAGGGAAACAUGGAGUAUUACGCCUCGGAGCUGGAACUGAAUGCCAAGUUCCACACGUUUGCCACAAAUAGCAGUGUUUUGUUCAGGGGGCACAAUACGGUCCAAGCCCAAAUGAAAUAUAAAAACAAGAGAGAUUACACUGCAAUGGGGUCCAAUGAGGAGCUCCCACUGGGAGAAGAAUUCCAGAGUUUGCUGAAAUGCUUCGUAGAUCACCAUGAAAAGAAAGCCAUGAAAAGAUUUGCUCCUGCAAAGAAACUUCUUCAGCAAUUAGAUAUAUCAGCAAAAGUGGUGAGGAAGGGUAACGCAAUAACCAACACGUCACAAGAAGACCUUGACAUUAAAUGUCUACAGCUCCUCCGGGCAAUGGUUCACAAUGAAGAGCGGAAGUUGCCGGACGACUGGGAUACGAAGACCGCCGAACACAAAAUCAAGACCCAACUUGGACAUAUCAAAGACGUGCAAAACGCAAUCAACACUCAUGACUUUGUCAACAAGGUCCUGCCUCACAUCGCGAGAAGGAGUGACAGUAUUUGUCGUGAAGUACUGGCUUUCCUGUCCAUAAUGCUGUUCAAUGCCAACAGAGAAGUCCAAAGAUCCAUGUUGGACUAUUUUCUUUCCACAAGAGAAGAAGUAUUCUUUAUGGCAGUCCGAGAAAGAAUGCAAAUUUCUACCAACUCUAUUAAAGAAAAAAUGAUUCUGAGGAGAAAAUUCCAACAAAAAGGACGAUCACUGCUGGUUCAACAUCAGGGUAGAGUUAAAGAAGCUUUGGACAAUCUCAGUUCCUUCCAGACAAGUAUUUCCGCCGGAAGGAGAGCGCUUCAGAUGAUUCAAGCGUAUGAAAUUAGAGUGAAAAAGGAAAAAAUGCAGGGAUGGGCGGCAUUGAGUCGAGCUAAAGCACCGGUCGUAGAAUCCAAGAGAGAUAAAAAGAAACGAAUGAAGGACCAGAAGAAAAAGAACAUAGUGAUAUCUAACGGGAUCAAACGGGACCACAGCAGUAACGAGGCCCUGCUGAAGUACACCGACCCCUCCCCCGACACCCUACAGAACCCCGUCACCUUAAUGGUUCCAGACUCAGAGCCCACAGUCAUGGUGGCGGUGGAGGAAGACGAGGAGAAGGCUGCAGAAGAAAUGAUCGCCACGAUGAACGAGGGCGUGGUCGACAUGCUGGAAUACAAGGAUGACGGCUACAUAGAGCUCAUCUUCAAACUGCUGGCCAGGAUCUGUGACGGUCAACAUUUUGGACUUCAGAAUUACCUCCGAGAACAACCAGACAACGUCAAAUCGUUUAACAUUGUCGGAGAGACGGCACAAUUCCUGAAUGUUGUUUACACUACAAUCAACAAAAAGACCAUUAAUCUAAUCAUCCAACUCUUCAAUACCCUAAACGAAUUCUGCUCGGGAAAUCAAGAGAAUAGAGUAGUUGUUUAUGACCGGAAGCUUGUGGACUACAUUAAUUUCAUUUUGAGGGCUGGAGACAUAGCUGAUUGUGCACCAGAGAAGAUCCUUGAGUUACGGCAAGCGAUCGCCUCAGUGAUCAUCUCCUUAAUUGAAGAAAAUGGACCAGGAAAGUCGCAAGUAGCUAAGGAGGUGAAAGAUACAUUAGACAAGGGGGCUAUAUUUCGUUGUAUGACGUUGUGCUAUGAAGCGCACCAAUCAGAAAAGCCUUCUCUUGAGGAGUUAUCCCCAACCGAAGAAGGAAGCGUCCUAAAAUCUGCACGUUCAUUGGCUGUUGUCGGAGGCAGUAUUUUACAAGGGUUUGUGGGUACUCAGAAGAAUCAGCUGCGGGAGACAUUGAUGGAGGUUGGCUUUACUUUCUUCCUUAUUCUUGCAAGAAUGCAAGACAUUGAUCCACUGAUGAGCACAACCCUUCAAAUAACGCCAGACCAAGCAAAAGCAUACGAGUUCUACAAAAAGAAUUCGUUGUCAAUUGAAUUAAUCAAAGACGACGUUUUGCAGAAAGUCAACUUCCGAGUAAAAAAUAAGAAUUUCUUAAGAGAAGAGGUCAAGGAAAACCUCAAAUGGAAUGUUGAUCGGUCGUCGCCUAGCAACAAAAUCCGGGACCUGAUGGGAUGGACCCGUGACAUCAUGCAGGACAUUUCCUACCAAAGGAAAAUUCUCUGUAACCCAAUAGCCAUGAUGUUUACAAAAGGAUGGCUGUUGUGGAACCAUGGAGCAACUAUAUUGAGUCUCGCUAUCAACCUUUUCAUGCUGGUGACGUGGAACGCGAAAGCUUCUCGUGAAGACUUUGACAAACACAACCAAUCAAUAACGAACCAGACACUGGAUAGAGCAUUACUUCAAGAUCCUAUCCCACGCAUUGGUUACGUGCCACAUGACCAUUACACGCUGGCUAUGUAUGCGCUGGGUGGUACACACAAUCUUCUAUCCUUGUUUGUGCUGAUCAGUUACUUCCUGUCCAAUCAUCCGAGGUUUCCAACUAAAGAGGAAGUAAAAGCACCUUUCAGAGCUCUCUGUGGCGGUGGAAAUAAUGGUAGCGGUAAAAAGAAAAGCGACGAUCUCACAGAGAAAAAACCUGAUGAAAUAUCAAAGCUAGAUGUCAAAUUCUUUAGCUUCACAACGUUUUAUUAUAUGAUGUUCCUAGCCAUGUCCGCCGCUGGUACGAAAUUUCAUGGAUAUUUUUUCGCAUUCCAUCUCUUAAACAUUGUCAACAACAACCAACUACUCAGUGGAGUCAUCAAAGCCGUCACACUGAAUGGUGUGUCUCUGCUGUGGGUGGCUAUCCUGGGACUCAUUGUGAUAUACAUUUAUGCACUGGUUGGUUUUUCGUUACUCCGUGCUUACUUCUCCCCUGGCGAGUACCUGUAUUGUUCCACGUUAUGGCAAUGCACGGUCACCGUCAUCAGAUACGGUCUCAUUGGGGACAUGUUCGAUAAUAUCAAACAAAAUGGCGUGAACGAUUCAUUUGAAACGUUUUGGCCGCUAGUUUUGUACCACGUGUCUUUCUUUAUAUUCAUCACCACCAUUGGUUUGAACAUCAUUUUUGGUAUCAUCGUUGACACAUUCUCGGAGCUACGUGACCUCAAGUGGCGAGCUGAAUCUGACAUGAAAGACACGUGCUUCAUUUGCAGCAGAAAUAGCUACGAUUUUGAGCACAAUGGGAAGGGCUUUGACCACCACGUUCGAAAUGAACACAACAUGUGGGCCUAUGUAUUUUUCUUGAUUCAUCUCGAAGAUGUCAAGACGAGCGACUUCACAGCGUUAGAACUUUACGUCCACAAACUUGUAGCGUUAGAGAACUACGAUUUCUUCCCAAUGAACAGAGCCCUUUGCCUUACUUCAGUAGACACAGACUCGACCGAGUCUAAAAUAGACGAACUCUUAAACAGAGUUACUUCCAUUGCAUUAAAGCAGAAAGAAGAGGAAACGGAGAAGAAACGCAAAGCGGAGAAAAUGAAACAGAAGAGAUGGCAGGAAAAACACCGUCAGUUCAUGUUCGGAAUUCAGGAUGACGACGGUAACGGGAAUGAUAACACCAAAUCACAGUCCAGCGACAAAAUAGUGGUCAAGUCCAAGUCGGACCGGUCUCUGUCAAGACCCCCGAGCAUCGUCAGUCUACAGAAAACCCCAACCACGCCCGACGGAACCCUCGACCGAAGAGACGCCAAGAAGGACGCGAUAGAACAGAAAGCCAAACUCGUGCUGAGAGAGUCGGACGAGUCUGAAGUGGCGGCGACUGAGGAUUCGGACUCCGUGGGAAGUAUCAACGAGGAGUACGACUUGUUGAAGGAGGAUUUCUCCACCGCGGGGAUGCUGGACCCCAUGCCGCCGGCGUUCAGGGAGCGUGCCUUGUCUAUUCCCGGAAUUUCUUCGCUGGUUCAGCAGACUGGUGAGGAGGAACGGAAGUCCGGGGACGAGCUCCGUGUUCUCGUGGAAGACGAGACUGAUGACGAGAGUGGACGAGAAUCGACCAGAUUAUAGACAUAAAGAAGAGGUCUAUAUGAGUAUUAUACACGUUGAUUAUGACUUUUUUUGUAAUUGUAUUGAAAUUUUAAUGGAUUGUAUGUAAAAUCCUGAACAGACAGCAUUCUUGUUAAAUAAAUACGGGAUAUUUCUAUUUUCUUGUUUUAGCUGUAUAUUUUAUACAUUUGUAUAUGUCACGCCAUUUCUCCUUGUUCUUGGUUUGUAUUUAUUCAUUGACAUCAUACUUGUUGUGCAAUAUAGAAUCACGGUGUUACUGUGUUUUAUGGAUUAUGUGCUUUACAUACACUCAUGCUGAUUAAAAUAACAAUGACCCGGUUUCGAGCUUAACUGAAAAUUAUUGUAGUGGUUCUCUUAUACAUGUUUGUAUUUUAACAUCCUAAAUUUCAAAUAAAUGCUUUAAUUUUGAA